AUAAAAAUUCUAAAGUUCUGCUUGGCAGUACUGUCAUUGGGAGGCCAAUCCAGUGAGUCCAAUGUUGAGAGAACCAGAAACUUGGAUGAUCAUGUUGCAACCUCAAACCAAAAUAAUGAUCAGUGUGAGUUAUGCAGCGGGAAAAAUGAUAUUUGCGCUCAUGAGGUUCUUCGAGAUGGUGAAUCCGGUUCCGGCUGCACUCCUGCUUCACAUAAGAUGAUGAGAAAGGCAUCAUUUAAGCUAUCAUGGUAUUGCAAGGGUGAAAAAUCUGAUCGCCACAAACAUGAUGUUGUGUCUUUUGAGAAGGGUAAUAUAACAACUGCAGAGCGCAGCAGUAAACAGAUUUCCUUGAAGUGGGAAUCACCUCCACAGACUGUGCUUAUGUUAACAAAACCAAAUUCUACAUCUGUCAAAAUCCUAUGUUCUGAAAUUGUCAGAUGGUUGAAAGAGCAGAAAAAUUUGACAAUAUUUGUGGAACCACGAGUGAAGUCCGAGCUUCUGACAGAAUCGCCAUACUACAGCUUUGUACAAACCUGGCUAGAUGAUAAAGAUGUUCAGACACUGCAUACAAAAAUUGAUCUCAUUGUAACGCUUGGUGGAGAUGGAACCGUCCUAUGGGCUGCUUCUAUGUUUAAAGGUCCGGUUCCUCCCAUUGUGCCAUUUUCUUUAGGCUCUCUGGGUUUCAUGACCCCUUUCCAUAGUGAACAUUAUCGCGAAUAUCUUUCAUCAAUCAUUCGCGGUCCUUUUAGUAUCACAUUAAGGCAUCGAUUGCAGUGUCAUAUCAUCAGAGAUGAGGCCAAAAGUGAUAACGAGAAUGAAGGGCCUAUGCUAGUCCUGAAUGAAGUAACAAUUGAUCGUGGAAUUUCUUCAUUCCUGACAAAUUUAGAAUGUUACUGUGACAACUCUUUUGUGACCUGUGUACAAGGUGAUGGUCUGAUUUUGUCUACGACAUCUGGGAGUACAGCAUAUUCCCUUGCUGCCGGAGGAUCUAUGGUCCAUCCACAGGUUCCUGGAAUAUUGUUUACACCUAUCUGCCCUCAUUCUCUAUCAUUUCGGCCUCUGAUAUUGCCUGAAUACGUGAUGCUGAGAGUAGUGGUGCCCUUCAACAGCAGAAGCCAAGCAUGGGUGUCAUUUGAUGGCAAGGACAGGAAACAAUUAGCCCCCGGAGACGCACUCGUGUGCAGCAUGGCCCCUUGGCCGGUUCCCACUGCGUGUCAAGUUGACUCAACCAGUGAUUUUUUGCGCAGCAUCCACGAUGGUCUUCAUUGGAAUUUGAGGAAGACUCAGGCCUUUGAUGGCCCUCGCGAUCCUUGACUGUGCGGUAUUGAGGAAGAGAUAUCCACACUCUUAUUUACUAGUUGUGCUAAAUUUGUAAAAUUGAAAUGCACCUAUUUUUAUUAUAUACAUCCCGUGACAAUAAGGAAGAAUUGGCAGAGUGAAUCGACAACACUAUUUCAUACUCA